AUGUUCUUGUUUGGCCUGCUUUGCUCUUGCGACCGCGCCGUAAAGCCGUGGCGCAGCUUUGCUGCUCGGCUCAGGGCACACUUGCUCAGUUGUGACCAACUGGUCAGCUUGCAGGAGGCUCUGAUGGCUUGUCAGCGAUGCGUUUGCCGGCAUUGUGGCCGCAACGUCGGAUGGCUGGGGCUCCGCGGCUUUGGCGUGAGUCUCCGGCGCCACGAAGGGCAGUGUCAGGUGCUGCUGGAGCAGUUGCGGGAAGCAGAGCGGCCGUGUGGGAAUCACCUACUGCAGGAAGUCGGACUUGGUGGAAGCAUGGAACAGGCUGUGGCAAGAGUUGAGCAGCUUCAGAAGCAGCUGGAGCAGCUGAAGGUCCAGACAUGCGCGGCGCCGAAGCGAGAGCUAGAUGGCGCCGUCGCCAAGAGCGUGAAGCUUGGCCCAGAGCAAACUGAGGCGGCUGAACUUCAUGCCGCCAAGCGUGCGUGCUAUGAGCCACCAGGUGGCCAGGCCGCCUUCGAUGAAGGAGUUCCGGAGGUUUGCUCGCGGCAUUCUCCAAAAGCAAGCGCCGUCAGUUUGAUGACGCCGCCGGGCAGCCCAGGGAGGAACGAUGCCUCGAAGGAUCGACGGCCUUCCUUGGACUCUCAGCCAUCAACUGCAGAGCCUGACUCAGACGAGCUUGCUGUCCUUGGCGAGCUGGGCGCUGGGGCAUUUGGUGCCGUAGUGUCUGUGAAGCACGUUCAGAGCGGGGAGACGUACGCGCUAAAGACUGCUAGCUUGGAGCUGGCGUUGGCAGAGGCAAAAAUUCUCCAGAAAUGCUGCUGCCGCCAUAUUGUAAAGCUGUUCCAUCACGACCACGACCGCGGAAGACUCCUACUCGAACUGUGCGCCGGCACGGCUGCUGACUUGGGCGAGCUGCGCGAGGAGCCUGUGUUGCACAUAGGCGCUUCAGUCGCUUGCGCCCUGAGCCACCUCCACAGUAGGAGGAUUAUUCAUCGUGAUGUGAAGCCGCAAAACAUCCUUCUGACUACAGAGGGCGAGGUGAGGCUGUCGGACAUGGGCCUUGCCGUGGAGGGCGACGUUGCCAGUGGAAUGGUUGGAUCUUGGUAUUACGUGGCGCCGGAGAUGUUCCUUGGGAUUGACUACACGCACGCUGUGGACAAUUGGGCUCUCGGAUGCAGUAUCUACACAAUGCUUAGCGGAAGCCCGCCCUUCAUCCCAACAGUCCAGCCCAACACUCACGCUGAAGCAAAGAGUGGAAUGAUGGAGAAGGUGGCCAACUUUGCCAAGCAUCGCAAUUUGGUGUUCCCAGGCUGCUCUCAGAAUGCGCAGCAAUGCGUGCUCCAACUUCUGUGCGUCAAGCCUGCAACACGGCUGCGCUGUCACGAACUCAGCAGGCAUCCAUUCUUCGCGCAGAUCGAUUUCCAAGAGCUUCAAGCUGGCAAGGCGAAGCCGCCAUACACGUGGCAGCAACUGCUUGCCCGUGCGAGUGAGCUGGGCCCCAAGGGGUUGCAGGGGCUGCAGCAGUCAUGA